UUUGGAUAAAUCCAAAGGCACUUCAAUAAUAUCCCAUUGUCGUAAAGAAAACAUAGAGAUAGAUUUUGAGAGACUGGGUUGUGCUGAGACCAGAUGAUGAGUUAGAAUAGUGGAGGAGUACCAACCUCAUCAUGUCAAGCAAUGCAAUCACUAUUGUUUUCCUCUUUCUCAACAUCUUUAUGCUUCCUGCAGCCAUCUCUGCCUUGAACCAGGAAGGCCUCUCUCUGCUUUCAUGGCUUUCAGCCUUCAAUUCAUCUCCCUCUGCUACAUUCUUCUCUUCAUGGAAUCCAACCCACAAUAAUCCAUGCAAAUGGGAUUAUAUCAAAUGUUCAAGUAAUGGGUUUGUCUCAGAAAUCAAAAUAACCUCUGUAAAUCUUCACACCGGCUUCCCCACCCAUCUACUCUCGUUCAACCAUCUUACUGCCCUUGUUCUUUCAAAUGCAAACCUCACAGGAAAAAUCCCACCUUCAAUUGGAAACUUGUCAUCACUGAUCACCUUAGACCUCAGUUACAAUGCUCUGUCAGGGAACAUCCCAGCCGAAGUAGGAAAAUUAUCUGAGUUGCAGCUGUUGUCACUGAACUCAAAUUCCUUACAUGGUGAAAUUCCGACAGAAAUUGGAAACUGCUCAAAGCUUCAACAGCUUGAACUGUUUGACAACCAUAUUUCCGGAAGGAUUCCUGAAGAAAUAAGCAAGUUGUUUGCCUUGGAAGUAUUUCGUGCAGGCGGAAAUCCAGAAAUUCAUGGCGAAAUCCCAAUGCUAAUAUCAAACUGCAAAAGACUAGUUUUUCUUGGUCUUGCGGAUACCGGUAUUUCGGGUCAGAUUCCGAGCAGAUUGGGAGAACUUAAGAAUCUCAAGACUCUUUCAGCAUACACAGCCAAUCUCACAGGCCACAUCCCACCAGAAAUUGGUAAUUGCUCAUCCUUAGAGAACUUGUUUCUAUAUGAAAACCAGCUUUCUGGAGAGAUUCCUGGCGAAUUGUGUUUGGCAAAGAACCUCAAAAGGGUGUUAUUAUGGCGGAACAGUCUCAGAGGAAGCAUUCCAGAAACUCUUGGAAACUGUUCAAGUUUGAUGGUUAUCGAUUUCUCAUUGAAUUCUCUCAGUGGUGAGAUUCCCGUGUCUCUUGCAAAUUUAGUCACAUUGGAGGAGCUUCUUUUGUCGGAUAAUAACAUUUCUGGCGAAAUACCAUCAUUCGUUGGCAACUUUUCCAGUCUGAAGCAGCUUGAACUGGAUAACAACAGAUUUUCUGGUGAGAUUCCACCAGCCAUCGGGCAACUAAAGGAACUUUCUCUGUUCUUUGCCUGGCAGAAUCAGCUCGAAGGAAGCAUACCAACUGAGCUAGCCAACUGUAAGAAACUUCAAGCAUUGGAUCUUUCACACAAUCUGCUCACCGGUUCAAUUCCAAAUUCUCUCUUCAAUCUCAAGAACUUAACCCAACUGUUGUUAAUAUCAAAUGGAAUCUCAGGUGAAAUUCCACGUGAUAUUGGCAACUGCACUAGCUUGAUCCGUUUACGGCUGGGAUCAAACAACUUCAUUGGUCAAAUUCCAUCAGAAAUUGGGCUCCUAAGUAGUUUGAGCUUUCUUGAAUUGUCAGACAAUCAAUUUACAGGAGAAAUUCCUGCUGAAAUCGGUGACUGCACUCAACUAGAAAUGGUUGAUUUGCAUGGGAAUGCACUCCAAGGCAUGAUACCUUCAUCAUUAGAAUUCCUUGUUGGUCUUAAUGUUUUAGACCUUUCUAUGAAUAGAAUAGCUGGCAUCAUUCCUGAGAAUCUGGGAAAGCUCACUUCCUUAAACAAACUUGUAAUCAGUGGGAACCGCAUCACUGGCUUAAUCCCCACAUCACUUGGCCUCUGUAGGGAUUUACAGUUGUUGGAUAUGAGCAGCAACAAAAUCACUGGUUCUAUCCCAGAUGAAAUUGGUCAGCUGCAAGGAUUAGAUAUUCUCUUGAAUUUAAGUUGGAAUUCUCUAACAGGGCCCAUUCCAGAGAGCUUCUCAAAUCUCUCAAAGCUUGCAAACUUGGAUCUUUCCCACAACAUGCUAUCAGGAAGCCUGAGAGUACUAGGUAAUCUUGAUAAUCUAGUAUCUCUGGAUGUCUCGUACAACAAUUUUUCAGGUCUGCUUCCCGAUACCAAAUUCUUCCAUGACCUCCCCGCCACAGUGUUUUCUGGUAAUCAACAACUCUGCAUCGAUAGAAAUGAGUGCCGCAUAAAUGGAAAUCUCCAUGGCAUGAAAUCCACCAGAAACCUUAUUAUCUAUGCUCUUCUGAGUAUAACUGUAACUGCGGGGAUAGUGAUUUUUGGACUAUUUUUAUUUAUCAGAGUUCGUGGAGCAGCAUUUGGGAAGAAUAUUGAUGAAGAAGAACAAGACUUGGAAUGGGAUUUCACCCCAUUUCAAAAGCUCAACUUUUCCAUAAAUGAUAUUGUCCCAAGGCUUUCAGAUUCUAAUAUUGUGGGAAAGGGUUGUUCAGGCAUUGUUUAUCGUGUUGAGACUCCAAGAAAGCAGACCAUCGCAGUGAAAAAGCUAUGGCCAGUGAAGAAUGGGGAGCUUCCAGAGAGAGACUUGUUUUCUGCAGAAGUUCAGACUCUUGGAUCAAUAAGGCACAAAAAUAUAGUGAGGCUUCUGGGUUGUUGUAACAAUGGAAAAACUAGAUUGCUCUUGUUUGAUUACAUCUGUAAUGGGAGUUUGACUGGAUUGCUCCAUGAGAAGAGGCUGUUCUUGGACUGGGAUGCAAGGUAUAAGAUCAUUCUUGGAGCAGCUCAUGGUUUAGCCUAUCUUCACCAUGACUGCAUUCCUCCAAUAAUUCAUCGUGACAUUAAGGCUAACAACAUCUUGGUAGGUCCACAAUUUGAAGCGUUUCUAGCAGAUUUUGGCCUUGCCAAGCCUGUUCAAUCUUCAGAAUCUUCAGCAGCUUCCAACACGGUUGCUGGCUCUUAUGGGUACAUUGCUCCUGAAUAUGGAUACAGUUUGAAGAUCACAGAAAAGAGUGAUGUGUACAGCUAUGGCGUGGUGCUCCUAGAGGUCUUAACUGGGAUGGAACCAACUAAUAGCAGGAUACCAGAAGGUGACAACAUUUCUACAUGGAUUAACAGUGAAGUUCGAGAAAGAAAAAGAGAUUGCACUUCAAUUCUAGACCAGCAACUAGUUUUGCGAUGCGGAACACAGAUCCAGGAGAUGCUUCAAGUGCUUGGGGUGGCUCUCCUAUGUGUGAAUGCUUGCCCAGAAGAAAGGCCAACCAUGAAAGAUGUGGCUGUGAUGCUCAAGGAGAUAAGGCAUGAAAAUGAGGAUUUUCAAAAGCCCAUUUUUGUUGGCAAUGGGGUAGCAGCAAACCCAAAAGCAGCAGUCCACUGUUCUAGCUUCUCUAGAUCAUCUGAACCUCUUAUCAGAUCACCUCCAUGUCCAUAGCUUCCCAAAACUAUAGACCGUUGUUCAUUGAAUCAUUGAUAUUUUUUUUGAAGCUUCAAACAACAAGAUACUUGGUAUAGAUUGAUUGAUCUUAUUAUGUAGUAGGAAGAGGUUAUUGCCUUGUAUUUCUUUAUUGAAAUUCCUUCGUUUAA